CCUUGAAGUGUCCACAUGACGCGCGCGCCUCCGUUCCCAGAGGCUUCCGGACGCGCUGCGCGUUCACGUCCCUUCAGUCGCUCGGCGCAGCAGGUCGCGGCUUUCUGUCCGCGCGCGCGCUCUCCUCUGGGCACAAGGAUUCCUGCCGGGAUAACGACGCAAUUCGUGUGUCCGUUGUGUCCUCUAUGCGCGGAGGGAGUCACCUCAGGGAGAGAGAAAGUCUACUGUAAAUGUACCCAAGACCUCGUCGCCGUGCUGGUUAUUAUGGGGUGUGCCUGUUGCAAGCAGAAGAAGUCCGCCAAAGCAGCGAUAACAUCGGCAGAAGUAGACGCUGCAAAUCUGUCUCUCGGCAACGCAGAUGGAGGGCUGUCCGCCGCCUUGACCCAGGGACGUUACUGUCCCGACCCCACACAGACCAUCCCGGACUACAACAAGGGCUUCUCCACCAUCACCAACUUCCCCAACACCAACACACACCAGCGGCCUGGAGGCGUAACAAGUGGUGGAGUCACUCUCUUCAUAGCUCUGUAUGAGUAUGACGCCCGCACCGAAGAUGACCUCACUUUUCAGAAAGGAGAGAAAUUCCAGAUCAUCAACAACACAGAGGGUGACUGGUGGGAGGCUCGCUCUUUGGACACAGGCCACUCCGGUUACAUCCCCUCCAACUACGUAGCUCCUGUCGACUCUAUACAGGCCGAAGAGUGGUAUUUUGGGAAGAUGGGGAGGAAGGAUGCAGAGAGGCAGCUGCUGGGCCAAGGCAACCAGAGGGGAACUUUCCUCAUACGAGAGAGUGAGACCACCAAAGGUGCUUACUCCCUCUCGAUCCGCGACUGGGACGACAACAAGGGGGACCACGUCAAACAUUAUAAGAUCCGCAAACUAGACAAUGGUGGCUACUACAUCACAACCAGAUCCCAGUUCGACACGGUGCAGCAGCUGGUGGAGCACUACACAGAGAGAGCGGCAGGACUUUGCUGCCGUUUGAUUGGCAGCUGCAAGCGGGGCAUGCCUAAGCUGGCCGAUUUGUCAGUGAAGACCAAGGAUAUGUGGGAGAUUCCCCGCGAAUCCCUCCAGCUGAUUAAAAAACUGGGCAAUGGCCAGUUCGGAGAAGUCUGGAUGGGCAGUAAUGAUGGGCUGUGUUAUUACCUGACGAUGCCCUGUGUCAACUCCAUCCCACUCACCAUGGGCCUUGGGCGUGACGCCUGGGAGGUGCAAAGGGAAUCUCUGGCCAUGCAAAGGAAGCUGGGACAGGGCUGCUUCGGGGACGUUUGGAUGGGCAUGUGGAAUGGUACCACCAAGGUAGCGGUGAAGACUCUGAAGCCCGGGACCAUGUCCCCCGAGGCCUUCCUGGAGGAGGCUCAGAUCAUGAAGAGACUGCGCCAUGACAAGCUGGUGCAGCUCUACGCCGUCGUAUCGGAGGAGCCCAUCUACAUUAUUACCGAGUUCAUGAGUCAAGGAAGUCUGUUGGACUUCUUAAAAGAUGGGGAGGGGCAGAAUCUGAAGCUGCCUCAACUGGUGGACAUGGCUGCACAGAUCGCGUCUGGAAUGGCGUACAUUGAGAGGAUGAACUACAUCCACCGUGAUCUGCGAGCGGCUAACAUACUUGUUGGAGACAACCUGGUGUGCAAGAUCGCUGACUUUGGCCUGGCCAGGCUCAUCGAGGACAACGAGUACACCGCCAGACAAGGGGCGAAGUUCCCCAUCAAGUGGACUGCUCCGGAAGCUGCAUUGUAUGGCCGCUUUACCAUCAAGUCAGAUGUCUGGAGCUUUGGCAUCCUACUAACCGAGCUCAUCACGAAGGGACGUGUGCCGUACCCAGGUAUGAACAACCGGGAGGUGCUGGAGCAGGUGGAGAGGGGAUACAGGAUGCCCUGUGCCCAGGACUGCCCCGCCUCGCUCCAUGAACUGAUGCUGCAGUGCUGGAGGCGAGAGGCCGAUGAGAGGCACACCUUUGAGUACCUGCAGUCCUUCUUGGAGGACUACUUCACGGCCACAGAGCCGCAGUACCAGCCUGGAGAAAACCUGUGACCCAACACGUGUAGGACAGAUGUGGGGCAAUAAAUGGACAGACAUUAAACGGAUGACAGAAAGGCAGACGCGGAUGUAAACAUGCAGACACACCGAUAUGCCUUCAUUGUAUUUGUAUCCCUAUUGUGCAGACGCACGCUCUCUCACUCACACACACACACACACACACACACACACACGUUAAGAUGCAUAUUAUUGCUGUGUUUUAUUAUUUGAGGACAGCUCCCUCCUUCUGGUUAUUGAUCACUGCAGUGCGGCCCAUUCAUGACAGAUCAGUCAACCCCGUUGAAGAGCGUAGUCGGAUCUCUGCUGAUCAGGCCUUGCAGUAAUGUUGCUUUACUCUGUAACCAUGACAACUAGGAACUGAAAGAAGAUGUAGAUGGUUGUGUCGAGGUGGGGGGGAAGUCCGGUUGGUACAUGAUUUGUUCAGCCGCCGCGAAUGUCCGGGUCCUUUUGAUUUCUGCCUCUGCGAGGAGCAGCGUCGAAACAAAACUGAGAAAACCCCCCCUGAGAAAAUGAUGUUGAUGGAGAAAUUAUAGACGGUGCAACAGGUUUCAGACAGCAUUAAAUAACCCUUGUGAGCUUGUGAGAUCAUGUAUACGCAGACACUGGAUGGUAAAAUAGGAGUUGUCCUCUUACAAUGAUCAAAAAAGGCUGUCGAACUAACCCAUGUCAAUCACCUGAAUGGGGGAGCUGAUUUCAAACACGCAUGCAACAUGUGCCUUAAAGAAGUCAAGUUAAAGGCGGUUUUUCGAUUUAAGUACCUUCCAUACACUGUUAGUAGAACCCGAGAGGAGAGAUGGUAAGGAAUGCUCUUUGUUUGUCUUGAAUAACAAUUUGGUAUGAACUGUCUCUUUUGCUGUUUUAACUUAACUAAGAUAUAUCUGUGCAACACAAGGACGUUGGUAUUAACAUGUAUGCAGUUUCCCAUCCAUUCAGUGUUAGGCAGGGUGAGAUAUUAAACAUAAAGAGGAACGAUGUGGAAUGUUAGUGAGCUUUGAAGGCAAAGUGUUUAAAUUCUGUAUUGUUUGACUAUCGAAUGUAACCUUAAAGUGAUUUUAUGAGAUUCCCUGUUAUGUUAUUAUAAUAAAAAUCGUUUCCGGUUUAA